AUGGUUGAUCGUCUUUUCGAGGAUAUAUUUCAGGUGUUGCUACUGAACCCAGAUGGAAAAAAGUUUGAUAAAGUUACCCGAGUUGAAGCAAAGAGUGAGGCUUGCGAGAUGUUCAUGCACCUUGAUGUGAAUUCAGAGGUGUACCCCAUCAAAGAAGGCGAGAAGUUCUCCAUGGCUCUGACUUCUACACUCAAUUUGGAUGGAACACCUGACACUGGCUAUUUCACCCCGGGCAAUCGCAAGACUUUGGCUGAUGAAUAUGAAUAUGUCAUGCAAGGGAAGCUUUACAAAAUUUCAGAAGGCUCUAAACGUGAUCCUAAAGCGGAGGUAAAUGCUUCAUUUGGUGGGCUUUUAAUGAUGCUGAAGGGGGAAUCCGCUCAAUUCAAGAACUUUGAACUUGAUCAGAGGUUGUUUCUCCUCAUUAGGAAGCUGUGAAUCUCUAUGGAAUUGCUUGUAGCACUGUCCUAAUAUGAACAUUUUUAGCCUCGUGUUCUGUAAACUUAUGCUGAACCCUGACAGUUGACAUUAGGUUGGGAUGAGUACAGCUUACAUAAACCUGUGGUAUUGUUUAGAGACAUGAUGGUAAA